GACUUGAUUCCACAUAUCACUAUCCUUCGCUUCUCUACUGUAACAUUGGCCUUUUCGUUUGGCUUUGUGGGGUUUAGUCAUCAUAAACGGUUGCUGCUGAAUUAUUUCGUAUCAUGGUCGUCCUCGCAGCAUCAAUAUGUACCAAGGCUGGCAAAGCUAUCAUUUCUCGUCAGUUUCGUGACAUGAGCCGAGCACGCAUUGAAUCCCUCUUGGCAUCGUUUUCGAAAGUGAUUCCCGCCAACACACAACAUACCUCAGUCGAGACUUCCGACGUCCGCUAUGUGUACCAGCCACUGGAAGACCUCUAUAUUAUUCUUAUUACAAACAAGGCGUCGAAUAUUUUGCAAGACAUAGAAACACUCCACUUAUUCGCGCGCGUCGUCUCGGACAUGUGCAGGAGUGCUGACCAGAGGGAGAUCUUGAAGAAUUCUUUUGAAUUGUUGGAAGCGUUUGACGAGAUUGUGAGUUUGGGGUAUAGGGAACCCCUGAAUCUUAUGCAGGUCCGCAAUGUGCUGGAGAUGGAGAGUCAUGAGGAGAAGAUCCAGGAAAUUAUAGCAAGGAACAAGGAGGCUGAAGCCAAGGAGGAACUCAAACGAAGGGCCAAGCAGCUCGAGAUGCAACGUCGAGAGCAACAGAGGCGGACUGCAGCAGGCGGCCCUUCUGGUGGCGGCUACCUCGGGGGAGGAGUUUCAGGCUAUUCACCAGUCCCUCAACGGUUCGAUGCACCCUCCACUCCCGUCCGCACUUCUUCACCUGCACCUUCAUCGCUACGCGCUCCUGCGUUCAAGAGUGGUGGCAUGAAGCUUGGAGCCAAAAAGUCUAAGCAAUCCGAACUAUUGGAUGCGCUCGGUAGUGAAGUUCUGCUCUCAGAAGAUAUGUCUGUUCCGACAACACCGGCUGCUACUACACCUGAGCCCUUCGUUCAAAAGGAUGAGCGCGGAAGUUUACCCACAGUUACACCAGAAAGUGUACACGCUGUUGUACGGGAGACCGUGGAUCUCGAACUUGUUCGCGAAGGAGGUCUCAACACCAUGGAACUGAAAGGAGAUUUGAACCUCCAAAUCACCGAUGCAUCUUUGUCUCGCGUGAAGCUGGUUCUGGCCGACCCUCCUACUGCUUUUGGACCGGAAUUGCAAUUCAAACAACACCCUAAUGUGAACAAGUUCGCAGCUAACAAGGAACGUGUGAUCGCCUUGAAGGACCCGUCACGUAGCUUCCCUGUCGGUCAGCCGCUUGCAGUAUUGAAAUGGAGAUAUUCCGGGAAAGAUGAAACUUACGUCCCACUGUCAAUCAAUUGCUGGCCGACACCCUCGAACGACGGGACGUGCGACGUGAACAUUGAAUAUGAACUCGAGAACGAGGCUCUCACACUUCACGACGUGGUCAUCUCAAUCCCGUUACCCGCGGGCUCUUACCCGACCGUCACUCCGGGCCAUGCUGGGGAAUGGACCCUAAACUCUCAUAGUCAUUCCAUCGACUGGAUCGUUGGUCAGGUAGAUGCAGAGUCUCGGUCCGGCACUCUGGAGUUUUCAGUGGGUGGAGAUGACCCUGGCGCGUUCUUCCCUGUCAAGGUUUCUUUCGUGGGACAGGGAAGCAUGGCCGGGGUACGCAUAGCUUCAGUCACGCGAGUCGACAACGGUGAAGAGGUCGUAUUCUCGGAAGAUGCCAGCAUUACCGUUGACAGUUACUCCGUUGUUUGAAUUGUGUUGUACCCUCCCUAUUGCCAGCCAUGCAUAUACAUUCAGUUCUGUGGAUCAUGUGCGUAUCGCAUAAGGGAAUUUAAGAAGGGCUGC